GCGGGACUUCCGUCGUCCUGGCGGUGGUCGUUCUGGUUCUCUCCGGUGUUUCACUAGGUCCGGCCUAUGGCGCUCUCUGACGUCACCGAAGUGACGGAGCGGAAAAGCGCGAGAAGCGGCUGGGUUCCCACCGCGGAGAGGCGGGAGUGAGUCAACUGACAAGCGCUGGGGACGGCGGUGUCCUUGUCUUGCCUUUGUCGCCCCCGCCCCGCUCUUCCCUGACUGGGCUGGCGGAGGCCUUGCUGAUGAACCUGACUGAGAAUGGAGUUGGGGAAGUCAGUAUAAAGAGUAGAUUUCCGGGAGACGAUCACAGGUUGGAUUUUGGACAUGAUGGUUCUCAAAUGUCUCAAGAUGGAUAUGUCACACAGGCAGGUGGACAUAAAGGGUCCCCUAGUGAUGGCAGAAACGGACCCUACACAGGGCCGUGUGGUCUUUGAGGACGUGGCCAUAUAUUUCUCCCAGGAGGAGUGGGGGCACCUUGAUGAGGCUCAGAGGUUGCUGUACCGCGAUGUGAUGCUGGAGAAUUUGGCCCUGUUGUCCUCACUAGGUUGUUGGCAUGGAGCUGAGGAUGAGGAGGCACCUUCACAGCAAGGUUUUUCUCUAGGAAUGCCAGAGGUUACAACUUCAAAGUCCUGUCUGUCCACCCAGAAGGUCCACCCUAGUGAGACAUGUGACCCACCCUUGAAAGACAUUCUGUGCCUGGUUGAGCACAGUGGAAUUCAUCCUGAGCAAGACAUAUAUAUUUGUGAGGCAGAGCUUUUUCAGCACCCAAAGCAGCAAAUUGGAGAGAAUCUUUCCAGAGGGGAUGAUUGGAUACCUUCAUUUGGGAAGAACCACAGAGUUCACAUGGCAGAAGAGAUCUUCACAUGCAUGGAGGGCUGGAAGGACUUACCAGCCACCUCAUGCCUUCUCCAGCACCAGGGCCCUCAAAGUGAGUGGAAGCCAUACAGGGGCACAGAGGACAGAGAAGCCUUUCAGACUGGACAAAAUGAUUACAAAUGUGGUGAAUGUGGGAAAACCUUCACCUGCAGCUAUUCCCUUGUUGAGCACCAGAAAAUCCACACCGGAGAAAGGUCUUAUGAAUGCACCAAAUGUGGGAAAUUCUUUAAGUACAGUGCCAAUUUCAUGAAACAUCAGACAGUUCACACUAGCGAAAGGACUUAUGAGUGCAGAGAAUGUGGAAAAUCCUUUAUGUACAACUACCGACUCAUGAGACAUAAGCGAGUUCACACCGGAGAAAGGCCGUAUGAGUGCAGCACAUGCGGGAAAUUCUUCCGGUACAGCUCCACAUUUGUUAGACAUCAGAGAGUUCACACUGGAGAAAGGCCGUAUGAGUGCAGGGAAUGUGGCAAAUUCUUUAUGGACAGCUCCACGCUCAUCAAACAUCAGAGAGUUCACACCGGAGAAAGACCUUAUAAGUGCAAUGACUGUGGGAAGUUUUUUAGGUAUAUCUCUACACUCAUUAGACAUCAGCGAAUUCACACUGGAGAAAGGCCUUAUGAGUGCAGUGUAUGUGGGGAAUUGUUUAGGUACAACUCCAGCCUCGUUAAACAUUGGAGAAACCACACUGGAGAAAGGCCUUACAAAUGCAGUGAAUGUGGGAAAUCAUUUAGGUACCACUGCAGACUCAUUAGACACCAAAGAGUCCACACGGGAGAAAGGCCUUAUGAGUGCAGCGAAUGCGGGAAAUUCUUUCGUUACAACUCCAACCUCAUUAAACAUUGGAGAAAUCACACUGGAGAAAGGCCUUAUGAGUGCAGAGAGUGUGGGAAAGCCUUUAGCCACAAGCAUAUCCUUGUCGAGCACCAGAAAAUCCACAGUGGAGAAAGACCUUAUGAGUGCAGCGAAUGCCAGAAGGCCUUUAUUAGAAAGUCUCACCUGGUUCAUCACCAGAAAAUCCACAGUGAAGAGAGGCUUGUGUGCUCCAUGAAUGUGGGGAAUUCUUUAGCUAAAACUCCAACCUCAUUAAACGUCAGAGAUUUCACAAUGGAGAAAGUUUACCAUUGACUAUUGUAAUUGGGUAGUAAUGUUAUAUAAAUUCCACAUUUUUAUGCAACUAAUCUCCAGAACAUUUUUCCUCUUGCAAAAAAAGUAAAAUGCUGGACCCAUUAACAACAACUCAUUCCCCUUCCCUACUUCCCCAGAAAUGUCUCAACUAUAUUUCUAUACUCUAU